UUCCACAUCGCUGAUCGAAUGCGGCAUGGUAAAUGGUCGUAGAAGUUUAGGUAAAUGACGUGAAAUCUUGCGAAUAUUGUUGAAUUAAUUUUCAUUAAGGAUGACAGACAACGAACCCCAAAAUGAUCCAAUGGGAGACCAGCUACAAGAGAAAACCGCGAAACAACUGGAGAAAGAAGCAAAGAAAGCGGCCAAAUUGGAGAAGCUGAAGGCGAAGUUAGAUAAAAAGAGCACCACACCAGCUGUCCCAAAAGAUAAACCUGAGAAAAAAGUAAAAGAGACAAAAGAGAGUGCAGUAUAUACAGCCAACACUGCGGCAGGUGAAAAGAAAGACAUAUCUGAUGCUAUGCCUGAUGCAUACAGUCCACUCUAUGUUGAAGCUGCUUGGUAUUCUUGGUGGGAAAAACAGGGCUUUUUCAAACCUGAAUAUGGAAAAAAGUCAGUGUUGGAGCCAAAUCCAAAGGGAAGUUUUGUGAUGGUGAUCCCACCACCAAAUGUAACUGGGUCCUUACAUCUUGGGCAUGCACUUACCAAUGCUGUGGAAGAUGCUAUCACACGGUGGCAUAGGAUGAAUGGGCGCACUACCCUGUGGAACCCGGGAUGUGAUCACGCAGGUAUCGCCACACAGGUUGUUGUGGAGAAGAAGCUGUGGAGGGAAGAGAAGAAAACACGACACGAGUUGGGAAGAGAGGACUUCAUCAAACGUGUGUGGGAUUGGAAGAACGAAAAAGGCUGCAGAAUCUAUGAGCAGCUGCGCUCUCUGGGGUCCUCGUUAGACUGGUCGCGCGUACGUUUCACUAUGGACCCCUCCAUGUGUAGAGCUGUGAACGAGGCGUUCAUACGAUUGCACGACAUGGGCGAUAUAUACCGCGCUAACCGAUUGGUCAAUUGGUCGUGCACGCUCAAGAGUGCCAUAUCAGAUAUCGAGGUGGACAAGAUGGAGUUGACUGGAAGGACUUUGAUAGCUAUCCCUGGCUAUGACAGCAAGGUAGAAUUCGGCGUGAUAGUUCACUUCGCGUACAGGGUGGAGGAUUCGGACGAGGAAUUAGUUGUGGCGACCACCAGGGUGGAAACCAUGCUCGCUGACGUGGCAGUCGCCGUGCAUCCUAAAGACACAAGGUAUACGCAUCUGGUUGGGAGGAAUCUUGUACAUCCAAUAUUGAAGAGAAAACUUCCCGUAAUCGCAGAUGAAUACGUCGAUAUGAACUUUGGAACAGGCGCUGUGAAAAUAUCCACGGCGCAUGACCAUAACGACUACGAGAUCGCAAACCGACACAACUUGCCAUUCAUCACAAUUUUCGACGACGAGGGUAGAAUGUUGGACAACUGUGGACCUUUUGCCGGUAAGAAACGCUUCGACGUCCGUCGCGAGAUAAUAAAGACGUUGGAUCAAGCAAAGUUAUACAAAGAAACAAAAGAACACGCGAUGGUUAUACCACUCUGCAGUCGGUCGAAAGACGUCGUGGAACCUAUGCUUAAACCACAGUGGUACAUCCGUUGCUCAAACAUGGCAGCCGAAGCCGUAAAAGCAGUCAAGACUGGUGAACUGAAGAUCAUCCCGGACGUGCACGAGAAGACCUGGUACCAUUGGAUGGAAGGCAUUCGAGACUGGUGCAUAUCCCGCCAGCUGUGGUGGGGGCACAGGAUACCGGCGUACCGGGUUACCUUACCAGCCAGCGAGGAGGUCGUCGAGGUGCUUAAACCACGCCGGCGCCGCACUCGCAGCGGACGCAAGAAGUACGUGCGCAAAACGCGCACGCAGCGGAUUGUCAAAGAAGAGCUGUGGGUAUCCGCUCACACCGAAGAAGAAGCUCUAUCAAAAGCCGCGACGAAGUUCGGCGUUGCCGCAGAAGACAUCAAGCUCUUUAGAGACGAGGACGUGCUGGACACUUGGUUCUCCUCCGGCCUAUUUCCUUUCGCGAUAUUCGGGUGGCCCGAUAACACAGAUGACUUGCAGGCGUUUUAUCCCGGGAAUCUGCUAGAAACCGGCCACGAUAUUCUCUUCUUCUGGGUAGCCAGAAUGGUGUUCUUUGGACAGCGUUUACUCGGAAAACUGCCUUUUAAGGAAAUAUACCUCCAUCCGAUGGUCAGGGACGCUCACGGUCGAAAAAUGUCCAAAUCCCUCGGCAACGUGAUAGACCCAGUAGAUGUGGUCCGAGGAAUCACCUUGGAACAGUUGCACGCUCAACUCUUAGAAUCGAACCUUGACCCCCGAGAGAUCGAGAAGGCCAAACAGGGUCAGAAGCAGGAUUAUCCAAACGGAAUACCCGAAUGUGGUACUGAUGCUUUGAGAUUUGCCCUCUGCGCGAUGACUCAAGGUCGUGACCUGAACUUGGACAUUCAGAGAGUGCAAGGCUACAGGUUUUUCUGUAAUAAAUUAUGGAAUGCAGCGAAGUUCGCGCUUAUGUACUUCCCGGCGGAUACUAGCUACAAGGUGCACGAGCCAACACUCCCGCCUGGUCUUUCAUCGGUGGACCGAUGGAUGCUGUCGAAACUUGCGUUGGCUGUGCAGAAAGUGAACCAAGGUUUCCAGAACUACGAGUUCCCAUCUGCCACCACUCACUGCUACAACUUGUGGCUGUAUGACCUUUGUGAUGUUUACUUGGAAUAUCUAAAGCCAGUGUUCGCUCAAGGCAGCGAGGACCAGAAGUCCGCAGCGCGCCGCACUCUCUACACAACGCUGGAGUACGGGCUCAAACUGCUCAGUCCAUUCAUGCCGUUCAUAACCGAGGAACUGUACCAGAGAUUACCGAGACAAGAUACCAGCUGUCCGUCCAUCUGUAUCGCUGAGUACCCCACUGAGUCAGACACCCCCUGGCGUUCCGAAGACCUGGAAGCCAAUGUUGAGACCGCCCUGAAAAUCGUCCACCUCAUUCGUUCAACUCGCUCGGAGUACAACCUCACCAAUAAGCAGAAGACCACCGCACAUCUGGUGACGAGCGGGGACCAGCUCGAGAUCCGGGAGCUGUUCCACAAGCUGCAGUCACUGGCAAACAGCGAGUUGAGUGAGGAGCAUCCACCCAGCGGGUGCUCUAUACUCACUGUGUCCGAUAAGAUCGAAGUGCAUUUAGUGUUAAAGGGACUAAUAGACCCGCAAAAGGAGAUCACAAAAUUGGAUAAGAAGAAAGAAACACUGUCUCAAACGAUAAACAAAUUACAACAAGCGAUAUCAGCCGAAGACUACACAACAAAGGUUCCAGUCGAAGUGCAAAAACUUAACUCUGAAAAGCUCACGCAGUCCCAAGGGGAAAUGGAACGGUUGCAAGCCGCUAUAGAAACAUUAAAACUUAUGUGAUGUUUUACAUAGAUUUAGAUCGUAGAUAUAUGCCUCAGAAAUGUUUAUGACACUGAUUUCAUUUUAAAUGCUAUUCGGUAUAAGAUCCCUUGUAGAACACCUUAUUAGUUCAGUCGCGUGUCUAAAUAACAAUUGAAAUUGAUUUAAAAAAAAAAUAAUAGCGUAAAAAAGCUAUCUUUGCCUGGGAAAUAUUUGUCAAAGGUAUCAGGGGACGAAACGUAUAACAGGUUUGAUAACAUUACCAGUGUGAGCGUAUAAUGGGUUCAUUGACUGCUCGUGUUCGAUUUUGGCCGCUUAGAAACUUCGAAAGAUCGCGUCAUUUAGUGUACAUGUUCAGUUUAAAGAAUGGUGUGAAGUAUUGUUUCGAAAACCAAUUUAACCGUACAUCGGUUUGCCGAAUAUGAAAUAAGAUUAAUCUAAAUAAGUAUCGGUGAAAUCGAAGUCGGUAAGAUGGAAAUCCGUUCCGAGCACUCCUUGAAUUGUUUGACACGCACGAAUGACAAAUGAAUGAGUUAACUGUUAACGUAUUUCAUUAUGGAUGCAUUCACCAAUAUGAAAUUAAGGAAAGGGCAUAUGUAACAAUUUUAAUGUUUAAUGUUUUAUAUUUUGUUAGCGAAAUAUGUACAAUUUUAUACCUCGUUAAGAAUGUUGCAAAUAUCUUUGAAAAUUAAUUUAUUAAUGCUCAUGGUAAUUUGGGUAAUGAAGUAAAUUACCCAUAAAGCCUUGGAAAUAGGUCCGUAACAUUGUUCUGCCUCACGAAGACUGUUUGAUUAAUGUUUUGGUUGUGCAUUCAUAAUAUGGAAAAAGUGUGCGUAAGCUCGAGAUCCAUUUUUGUAACAACAUACGCAAAUACGCUUUUUUAUGUAUUGACCGAAACAUGGUUAAACGUUAUUCAAGUGAUGGAAAGAGCAUUCUAUUUUUAGACACAUAAUCAACCCGAUUUACUAAAGUGUUUUCGAGUCUUUUUAGGAAAUAUCCCCUUGGUCUCUUAUGUCAUAUCAGUUGGCAUUGUAUCUAACAUAAAAAAGCAUUGAAUUCUGUCCCAAUCUAAAGUAAUGUUACCUUUCUAUUUAUUAUGCCGUAUAUGAAAUAAAUUUUAAAAUUUUUCGUGCUUGAA